AUGGCGCACCCCAUAACCCCAAACCCAUCAUCCUCCCCAGCCCAUAAUGCAUCAACAGCCACCCAAGACUCCGACGAGUCGGACGAAAUGCUAGUCGACUGGAAAGCCAAGUACAUGGCACUUGAGGCUCAUUCACGGCUGACCAAGCGCAAGCGAUCUGGCAAUGAAACACAGGGCAGCAUUACGCAGCAAGGCCGUGGUAUCCGGUUGCUUGUAUCGCUCUUUCUUGAUCCAGCACAGAUUGUUGUGGCUGGAGAAGCGUAUGAGCAAACUCAACAGGAGCCUCUUGAGUAUGACGAGUUCAAUGACGAGUUGUCAGAGGAGCAGGAGAAGGCAGUGGCCGAACGUCGACCAGAUGAACGGCUCUUCACCGCAUAUCGCUUGCUACUUGAGCUUGUCCCAGGACUUCUCUACCAGUUGACAAACUGCAAUAACCCCGACGACUUAACCAGCUACUACAUACAGCUUAAUAAGGGAGCUAACGACUCGCGUAGUGACGACAUUGGCCGAAUUACUAGACUCCUGGCAAAUCUCAUCAACAACGACCGAUAUAACAAGGAGAUUCUUCAGUUUGACUUUACCCCACCUGCGAAAAACCAGGAUGGUCAAACAAUCAGAGACCAGCAUGGAAACACAGUACGGCAAUAUGCACCUAUCUUGACGCAAGAGCGCAACAACAGAGGUGUCCAGCAUGAUAUCUGUGGUGGUUUGCUGUCGUCAACUGACUGUGACUGGAAAGACGACAUGUUCGUUAUCAUCUCUGAUCCGACCCUCACUUACUCUUCGCUUUCAUUCAGUGCCCGCAUUGCAGCACGCACAUUCGAACCUGAUUCCACCUACUCAGCCUCAUUCCUCUGUCGCAUUUUCUUCCAAGGCUUUGAGUUCAAGCCUGAAGACCCGUAUGAAGGUUUUCUUCAGUCGCACUACCUCGUCAGCUGCUACAAGUCCGUUUUCCUGGGUCCUUCCUCAGUCAAAAACAACGAAAAUGUCCCACCUACUGCUAAAAGAAUCAAGAAUAAUGUCGGUCAAGCUCGGAAUGUGGCGACUAGACUCAAAAUGAACGGUCGUGUAACUGGACGCUCUGUGGCAUAUAUUGCAGUUCUGACCCACUUCUGCUUGACAAACGCAGAACAAUGGACCGAGGAAUUUGGCGGCUUCCUCUACUCUUCCAUGUACAAUUUUAUUGUUGAUUAUUUCGAGGCUGCGCGGGUAGGGACGGCACACCGGGAGCGUGUGGAUAAAUUGUUGGCAUGGUGGGACAGCCAAAUCUUCCCCCACCACCCUUCUACUCGGACUGUCAGCAAGACUACCUCAAACACCAUUGCCCGAUUGCGUGGCCUUCGUUGA